AUGGUUGACAACCAUGCACCGCUUGAUCGACUUAGACAAAGGAGGCAGACACAGACAGUCUCAGCUCGGCGCGAGAGAGCUACGCAGCAAGGAAUGACUCAGGGACCCGGUCGAGUUCGAGUCCAAGUCAAACUGGAUGAGGCGCCUGUAGGAUCCUCUUCUGCACCGAGGAGUCGGUUGUCUCGGGCGUCUUCCUCUCGUGAGGUGGAGGAGGUGGUACAUGAAAAGGAAGAGGUACCUGAGGUUCACCCCGAGCACGAAGAGGAUGAUCAGGACGCACAGGAGGGCGGCUACCCGGGAAGGCCUUCUAACACAUUUAUCUUGAUAUACUAUCAUGACCAUGCUGCUCGACAUAUUUGGGAUGGAAUAGAUGCCCAUAAAAUGAAUUAUGAUAUACCAAAUAUGUCACCAUUAGCCACUGCAUGCAGGGGGUAUUUUCCGAAAGGUGGCACAAGGAGACGUCGUCUUUCCACUUUCCUGUUGGAACGGAUGCCCAUAAAAUCUGUGAACCAUUUGAGAAAAAUAUUUGAUCUCUUUAAACCGCAGGCUCAGUGGUUUAAUGUUGUUGGUGAAUCCGGUCUUGACAGAUUAUGUUGUACCGGAUAUGUCACCAUUAUCCACUGCAUGCAGAGGGCAUUUGCCGAAAGGUGGCACAAAGAGACGUUGUCUUUCCACUUUCGUGUUGGGGGGUUGACGAUCACACUGCAUGAUGUGGCUUGUCUGCUCAACCUGCCUAUCAGAGGGAGGUUAUUGGAUCAUUCCUUGAUACAAAGGGUUGACGCCAUCGAGUGGAUGGUGGAUUAUAUGGGUAUGGACUCAUAUAUGGCCGAUGUAGAGUGCAGAAAAAAUAAUGGGGCGCAUAUCCGAUUCUCUAGCCUGAAAGAGCUUUAUGAGAACCACUUGGUGGCGGCAACUGAGUUCGAGGAGAAGGGUGAUGGUUUUUUGUUGAGUACCACCGAGCUUGCGUCUUGCGGUGUUGGUUAA